GUUUUUGUCAUGCUCCGCCCAUUCAAACAAAGAGGCAGUAGAUUUGUGAGCCAUCUUACAAGGUGGCAGACUUAUCAUAAAUCUGUCCUGGCAAUCAGAAGGGAGGAUGUCAGUGCCUGGGAAAGGAGGGCCCCUUUAGCACCCCGGCAUGUCAAACUGCUAACCAACUUGGGAUACAAAGUUCUGGUGCAACCAUCCAAUCGGAGGGCCAUCCAUGAAAAAGAGUACAUAAAAGCUGGCGGUAUUAUCCAGGAAGACAUUUCGGAGGCCUGCCUAAUUAUUGGUGUGAAGAGACCUCCAGAGGACAAACUUAUUCCUAACAAGAACUAUGCAUUUUUCUCUCAUACUAUUAAAGCUCAGGAGGCAAAUAUGUCCUUGCUGGAUGAGAUCCUAAGGAAGAAUAUUCGACUGAUUGAUUAUGAGAAAAUGGUGGAUCACAAAGGAAGGCGAGUUGUAGCCUUUGGAAAGUGGGCUGGUGUUGCAGGUAUAAUCAACAUCUUGCAUGGAAUGGGAUUACGAUUUCUUGCUCUGGGACAUCACACUCCUUUCAUGCACAUAGGUAUGGCCCAUAAUUACAGAAACAGCAGCCAGGCUGUGCAAGCAGUUCGAGAUGCAGGCUAUGAAAUUUCCCUAGGCUUGAUGCCGAAAUCUAUCGGGCCCAUAACAUUUGUGUUUACAGGUACUGGUAAUGUCUCUCAGGGUGCCCAAGAAAUGUUUUGUGCACUGCCUGCUGAGUUUGUAGAGCCCCAUGAGCUGAAGGAGGUCUCCAGAACUGGAGACCUCAGGAAAGUAUAUGCAACGGUGAUAAGUCGGCACCACCAUUUGGUAAGGAAGAGUGAUGGGGUGUAUGACCCAGUGGAAUAUGACAAGCAUCCAGAAAUCUACACAUCUCGAUUUAAUACUGAUAUUGCUCCCUAUACGACUUGUUUGAUUAAUGGCAUCUACUGGGAGCAGGAUACCCCCCGGCUGCUAAACAGGGAGGAUGCUCGGAGACUUCUGACUCUGCUCCGGCCUUCAGCUGCUGCUACCGAGGGCUGCCCUGAAUUGCCGCACAAACUUGUUGCAAUAUGUGACAUCUCAGCUGAUACCGAAGGUUCUAUAGAAUUUAUGACAGAAUGUACAGCAAUUGACAGGCCUUUCUCCAUGUAUGAUGCUGAUCAGCACAUUAUCCAUGACAGUGUGGAAGGAUCUGGGAUUUUGAUGUGCUCUAUUGACAACCUGCCAGCUCAACUUCCAAUAGAAUCCACAGAAUAUUUUGGUGACAUGCUUUUCCCUUACAUAGAAGAAAUGCUCCUUUCUGAUGCCUCAGAGCCCUUUGAAAGUCAGAAUUACUCACCUGUAGUGAGAGAUGCAGUGAUUGCAUCCAAUGGUUCAUUGACUGAUAAAUAUAAAUAUAUCCAGAAACUGAGGGAGAGCAGGGAGUACACUCAGUCACUGGCCAUGGAUAGGAAAAAGAAGGUCUUAAUACUUGGAUCUGGAUAUGUUUCUGGGCCUGUGAUAGAAUAUCUUACUAGAGAUCCUAAUGUUGAAAUAACAGCAGUAUCCAUUAUGAAGAACCAGCUUGAGCAGCUGAUGAAGAAAUACAAGAAUGUUGUUACUGUUGUUGCAGACGUCACUGAAGAUGAGGAGAGAUUAUCAUCCCUGGUGAAGAAACAUGACCUUAUUAUUAGUUUGCUACCAUAUGCAUACCAUCCUUUGGUUGCUAAGAAAUGUAUUGAGAGGAAAGUAAAUUUAGUGACUGCCAGUUACCUGACACCUGCUAUGAAGGAGCUACAGGAGAGCGUAGAAGCAGCUGGUAUUACAGUUGUCAGUGAAAUAGGUUUGGAUCCUGGGCUUGACCAUAUGCUGGCAAUGGAGAGCAUUGAUAAAGUGAAAGAAGUGGGAGCUACGGUGGUGUCCUACACAUCUUUCUGUGGCGGCUUGCCUGCUCCGGAACAUUCUGACAAUCCCCUGAGAUAUAAAUUCAGCUGGAGUCCACAGGGUGUUCUGCUGAAUACGAUUCAGCCAGCCACAUACUUAAAAAAUGGGGAGAUUGUCAGUAUUCCAGCCGGAGGAGCUUUGCUUGAUUCUGUUACUGUCAUGGAUUUUUUCCCAGGAUUAAAUUUGGAAGGUUUUCCAAACAGAGACAGCACAAAAUAUGCUGAGCCAUAUGGUAUUCAAUCAGCUCAUACUCUCUUAAGAGGAACUUUGCGGUACAGGGGUUAUUCUAGAACUAUAGGAGGCUUUGUGAAAUUAGGACUGAUCAGUCUUGAGCCGUGUCCUAUGCUUAAUGCAACAAGAACUUCAGUAACCUGGAAAGAGCUCAUGUGCAAGUUACUUGGUCUUCCGCCAUCAGCCAGACUGGAUGACCUCAGAGAAGCUGUUUACAACAAACUGAACAAGGAUGAAAAGCAACUAGAGGCAGUGGAAUGGCUAGGGUUACUUGGAGAUGAACCUGUUCCAGCUGCAGAAACUAUAGUGGGUGCCUUGGCCAAGCACAUGGAGGCCAAGCUGUUCUAUGGCACUGACGAGCGAGAUAUGAUAGUUAUGAGGACUGAAAUAGGAAUCAAACAUCCCUCUGGUCAUCUUGAAGACAAAUACGUCAAUCUUGUAGUAUAUGGUGAUACCAAAGGGUAUUCUGCAAUGGCAAAAACUGUAGGAUACCCUACCGCAAUCGCCGCAAAGAUGGUUCUAGACGGAGAAAUCAACACCAAAGGCAUGGUCAUCCCACUGACGAAGAAUAUAUAUGGACCAAUACUUCAGCGUGUUCAAGCCGAAGGCAUUUCGUACAGUACCCAGAGCAUUAUCAAGCAAUAGAGGAGAUGCCAACAUCUUCUUCAUUUCUGCAGUUCCUAAUUUUGUAUGCAUAAUCUGAAGCUUGAGGAUAAUGGUCUAUGGGGACUUUUCUGCUGGGAAGUCAAAGCCUUAAUGAAGAAUAGUUGCUAAACAGCAACCUUACUGUUCUUGCAUACAGCUCUAGGCUAUUUCAAAGAGGCUUGUGCAAUAGAAUUUCCUAUUCUUUUUCCUUUAUUCCACAUUGAAUCCCUGUCCAAGGAUACCUGUAAACAAGUCCCAUCAGGUUCAGUGGGACUUGUGUCUGAGUCAAUUGCACUGUAAAGACGGCGAUGAAUGUGUGG